AUGGAUCAGAGUCUCAACCACCUGAGGCCUCUAUUCCAAGGUAAAGAUGGUGAGCCCACGUUUCAUGAAAACUGGACCUGGGAAGAGAAUAAAGGCGGAAAAAACGUACCGCGGAAGAUGAAGAUUAUGAGAUGGUUAGGCAAUGGAACUUACGCUCGCGUUGGGGUUAUCAAACGAGAUGAUAUCAUAAAAGGCCAGAAGCUAGAGUUUGCUGCCAAAGUCACCAGGAAAUGGAGAAACCCAGAUGGUACAAUACGUAUUGAUGAAGAAAAUCAAAGGGCUAAGAAGUUUACAUUCAACGAGAUAAGAGUAUUAGCAGUAGCAGGGCUGGCACAUAGAAAUGUGAUCAAAUGUUAUGGAGCAUUUGAGAAUGAUAAUUCGUGGGUCACUGUUCUUGAAUAUGCGAAAGGAGGGGAUCUCUUUUCUCGUCUGAGGGAGCUCAGGAGAGCCGGGAGAUUCUCUGAGACGAUCGCAGCGAAUUAUAUAAGGUGCAGGCCAUUGAAAACCGCCAUCGACUUGUACUUACAUUCAGUUCGAAUUCAAAGGCAAAUGGUUGAAGCACUUGUUUAUCUUCAUUCGAAGAAGAUUAUGCACAGAGACUUAAAACCAGAAAACUUUCUUAUAAAAGAAAAAUGUGGCACCUUUACCGAAGACGUCCUCCUACUCAGUGACUUCGGAUUAAAGGGUAGACAUAUGGUCACUUGGGCAUUUACAUACGAUGUAUUCACUGGCACAGAAGUCGACAGAGCUGUCCCGCCUCACGGGCUUCCUCCCAGUACAGACCAAAAACUCUUGCAGAUUACUGUAGCAAAGGCAAUUACCAAUGAGCAGAUUGAGAAGUAUGUGAUAGCUGGUAAUCGAAUGCAGCAUAUAUCAGAGAUUGAGAUUAUUCUAGGGCAUAAGUGGUUCCAAAACUGUGACAAUGCACUGUGGAACAAUGAUACACUAGAUAGAUGGAAAAGCAGCUUGAUAUAUGCUCGGAACGAAGCCCAGAAAAUAUUGGACAAAAAGCAAGCUGAGGAAAGCAAUGUUACUAAAUCUACAGAUUCUACCCACCAAAGGGUAGAAAAGCAGAGUAAGCACUUCUCUGCUAUAAGAAGAACUAUUGCAAAGGCAAAAGAGACUAUAAAAGUUAAGACAAGUAAGAGGAAAGGAAAAAAAUGA